GCACCUCUAUUCCCAGGGCAUCAUUGGUGCCAUAUACUGGUGUAAGUUAUUUCUCCUUUGAUACGCUAUUUGGGCAUUAUCAUUUGCAUAAAGCAGUUCACUGAAAUGACAAGAGUGAAGAUGUUACCUCACAAUGGCACAGCAGCUAUCGGAUGGUAAGCGCGCAACAGUUGACCCGAGCAUCACUGUGGAGUCUAAAAGGAGUUCGUUUUAAAUUGGGGAGGAAUAAAGAUUUGAUCAUAAGGGAACGCACCUUAACAAGUCAACCCCACGACAACGGAGAGGAUUUUGCAAAUAAACUGAAAACAAAACAAAACCAAAAAAUCAACCGAAAGCAAUUAUUAAUGGUGCAACAUGGAGAGCACCACCAUCAACCCAGCACACGCUUGGUGAAAGCAUCAUUCUGAGAGAUGAAAAUGAGAGCGCCAACAUUUGGACUUGUGUGGAGCUGUCUGGGGUUUCUUCACAGCGUUCAGUGCGGUUUAGGAGACAACCAUGUGCAUUCCAGUUUUAUUUACCGGCGGUUGCGUAACCACGAGCGGCGAGAGAUCCAGAGAGAAAUCCUCUCCAUCCUGGGUUUGCCUCACCGUCCCAGGCCCUUCUCUCCACUCAAGCAAGCAUCAUCUGCACCGCUCUUCAUGUUGGACCUGUACAACGCGAUGACGACCGAGGAGGAGGACGCGCUCCUCGGAAAGGCGUUUGAGGGGAAAUCGCGUAAAAAGGCGCCUGCAAUUCCACAAGGAUACUCGCGCGCGCCGCCGCAGCCGUAUGGCGUUGCGUACCUGACGAGCCAGAGCCCGCCUUUGACCACCGCGCACGACACCAACUUUCUCAACGACGCGGACAUGGUGAUGAGUUUUGUUAAUCUAGUUGAGAGGGACAAGGAUUUCUCGCAUCACAGACGACACUACAGAGAGUUUCGUUUCGAUCUGACACAGAUCCCUGAAGGAGAGGCCGUGACCGCUGCAGAGUUCAGGAUUUAUAAGGAUAACAGUCACGGAAGAUAUGAGAAUAUCACACUCAAGGUCACCAUAUAUCAAGUCAUCAAAGAAUAUCCAAACAGGGAUGCUGAAACGUUCCUCUUGGACUGGAAAAAGAUUCGAGCUUCUGAUGGAGGCUGGCUGGUGUUUGACAUCACAGCUACCAGCAAUCACUGGGUGCUGAACCCUCAGCAAAACAUGGGCCUUCAACUCUGUGUGGAGACUACUGAUGGUAGAAGCAUCAGCAUGAAAUCUGCUGGCAUCAUAGGAAGGAACGGACCUCAGUCCAAACAGCCCUUCCUUGUUGCUUUUUUCAAAGCCAGUGAGGUUCUUCUCCGUUCUGUAAGGGCCACUGGAGGAAAGAGGAAGAGCAACAACAGAAAUAAAAUGAAAACUCAGCAGAAAUCCUCACCGGCUCUUCAAAGUGGAGAUCAAAACACCAGUGAGCAGAGGCAAGCCUGCAAGAAGCAUGAACUUUAUGUUAGCUUCCGUGACUUAGGAUGGCAGGACUGGAUUAUUGCUCCUGAAGGCUAUGCAGCCUUUUAUUGCGAUGGAGAAUGUUCAUUUCCACUGAAUGCGCAUAUGAAUGCAACAAACCAUGCCAUUGUGCAGACCUUGGUCCAUCUAAUGUUCCCUGAUAAUGUGCCAAAGCCUUGUUGUGCACCCACCAAACUGAACGCCAUUUCAGUGCUGUAUUUUGAUGACAGCUCAAAUGUUAUUCUGAAGAAGUAUAGGAAUAUGGUGGUGAGAUCAUGUGGCUGUCAUUGAGGACAUGGAGCUUCUGUGAUAUAUUGCUGCAGUUAAGAACAUAGUUUUUUUUUACAUUUGAUGUACAGUAUUAUGUAUAUAUUAGAUUAUAAUUCCUCUUAUUUAUUUGGGUUUGCUUUGUAUUAACUUUUUUUAUAUAAGAGAUGUAGAUGUCAGUUACAAGUUACCACUCUUACCACAGAUCCAUGGUCGACUGCUCUUUUCCUGAGUUUAUGUGUUAGGCCAGUGACUUCAAAAUUGAGGACCUUAUUCAGGGUGGAUGGCGUAUUUAUUUUUUCCACCAUUGAAAGCAAUGCUGUAAGGAAUAAAAUUACAGUUUAUUCUGUCUAAAUGUUCAAGAUCAUGUCUAAUUAUUACAACCCAUGUUUUCUGGAGUUUUUAAUGUUUCAUCAGCUCAACAAUCGAAACAAAGGUAUUAAACAGUACAACCCAUUGAACAGACCAUAUCUCUCAAGUUCUUGUAUUCAAUCACACAAAUAUGUAUAUGCCAUCAAUCCUGACUAAUGUCUAUAAUUUCAGAAAUUCAUAAGCAAACCCUCCAACAAAUAAUUGCUGCUAUUUUAUAAAACGAACCCCUAUUUUUACAUUACAAUCACAAUUUUAAAUGUGAAAAGACAGCCAUCUUGGAUUUUAGGUUUUUGGACACAAAUAAUAUUAUUUUUCUUUGUUAAUAAAAUACUUGCAGUGUUAUUGAAAUAGCAUUGAUGUAUGUCUUAAGACUUUGUAUAUUUUUCACAAAAAGUGUUGCAACCCACAAUUACCGAUAGAUGUUGGUUUGCUUUGGAUAUCAUUGGGUGGAU